AUGGCAGCCAACUUCGCGCCCUACCAGGAUAUUCCCGAGACACAGCGUGCGCUCUCGCCGCCCCUCGCGUCCCCCCGCGCCUCGCUCGACCGCACGCGCAACAUCGCCUCCAUCACAUCCCCGUCGACCCGCGCAUACGAGCAGCACGACUACUUCGGUGCCGGCGACGACUCUCCAGAGACCGAGCGCGUGGAAUGGAGUGCACCUAAUGCGCCCCAGUCGCGGGGAUUUGGCGCUGCAAGAGAGGACGUGGAGGCAUUCACCACGAGCCUGGGGAUCAGGAUGGACUACGAGGCGUGUCUUGCGUACCUCUUGCUUCCGCCUGCGGGCGGCGUGCUGCUGCUUGUGCUGGAACACCAGAGCGACUACGUGCGGUUCCAUGCGUGGCAGAGUAGUCUGCUCUCUGCCUUCAUCUUCGUGAUACACAUCAUAUUCAGCUGGUCGAGCUUCAUCAGCUGGGUCAUGGUGGUGGGGGACGUAUGUUUGAUUUCGUGGUUGACGUGGAGGGCAUUUUUGGAUGCGGAGACACUGGAUCGGUAUGAAGUGCCCUUGUUUGGGGGCCUGGCAAACUCAAUUUUGGACGACGAGUAG